UAAUUAUUUAUUGAUUAGUAAGUCAAGAUAGUGUUUAUUUUCAUUAUCGUGGCCUAUCACCUUUCGGAACCACAGCAUAUUUCACUGUUCAGAUAUAAGUUAGUUAUUGUGAAGUGUUUACGUGUUUCUCAUAAGAUUGCUAAGAUGACACUCCGGUGGGGAAUUGUGACGGCUGGGAGGAUCAGCCAUGACUUCGUGAACGCUUUCAACUCGUAUCCGAAUAAGGAAGACCAGGAGAUAGUUGCAGUGGCAGCCAGGAAUAAAAGCAGAGCUGCGGAUUUCGCUAAAACGCAUGGCAUACCCAAAGUGUUUGACUCUUAUGAGGCAAUGGCUAAGAGUAAUGAUAUUGAUGUCGCCUACAUCGGUUCAUUGAAUUCGGAGCACUAUGAACUUUCAAUACUGUUUCUUGAAAACGGCAAACACGUGUUGUGCGAAAAACCAUUUUGUCUAAAUGCUAAGCAAACCCGCAGUGUUAUUAGCCUAGCCAAGAAGAAGAAACUGUUUGUUAUGGAAGCUGUCUGGACUAGGUUCUCUCCAGCAUACAUUGAUUUGGAGAAAGACAUACAGAAUGGAAAACUUGGUGACAUCAAGUUUAUUGAGGCUGACUUUGGAAUCGUUAGUCCGGAUGACAGAAGCACACAUAUAAAAGAAUUCGGUGGAGGUGCUAUACUCGAUGUAGGAGUAUAUGUGUUGCAGCUACCACAAUUUGUAUGGAAGCAAGAUCCUAAGAGGAUAACGACAGUCGGCAGUCUGUACGACUCUGGCGUGGACUUGGCGGAAACUAUUAUCCUGGAAUAUGAAGGUGGUAAGCGGGCUGUGCUUAACAUUCACACGCAGCAAGAGUUCUGGAAUAAGGCCACUAUUUACGGAACUAAGGGACGGGUUACGUUGGAGCAGCCGUUCCACUUCCCCCACAUAGUGAUAGACGUGGAUGGCACCACUAAGGAGUAUCCACUACAUUCGUCGAAGCUCCCAUACAACUUCACGAAUAGCCCCGGUUUGGUCUACCAGGCAUUGGAAGUGGCGAGAUGUAUUAGAGCAGGGCUCAUUGAAUCACCUCGCAUGACCCACGAUGAGAGUAUGGGUUUGGCUUUACUUGAAGAUAUUAUUCGGAGACAACUGGGUGUGCACUUUGACGCUGAUGAUAAAGAAUAUCCUUGGUGAUUCUACCCUACAUAUGCAGAAACAGUGGAAGUCUAUUAAAAAUUAAAAUUACUAUACUCAAAUUGCAACCGCAGUAGUUUUACAAUUCGAAUGAUACGCAUUUAUAGUAAAAUCUAUUUACGCACUAAAAUAGUAAUAUUCAUGAAGUCAUUAUGGAGCUCAAUAAUAUAUUAUUGUACAUUUACGUA